AUGGACGCGUCUCAGGCACCGCUCAUGGCCGGCGAGCCGCGGGACGAUGAUCCCGACCACGACGCUGACCACGACGCCGUGCAACUGGGCUCAACACGCCCAGAGGACAAGGCCCCCGAGGCGGGCUACGGCGUCUUUGUCCUGGCUUUGACAUUUGCGGCGGGCAUAAGCGGGCUCCUUUUUGGAUGCAAGUAUCGCCUCUACGACACGGGCGUCAUCUCGGCCACGCUCGUGUCCAUAGGAACCUCGCUCUCAGGCCGGCCCCUCACGUCGUUGGACAAGUCCAUCAUCACCUCGUCCACCUCCCUCUUUGCGCUCCUCGCCUCGCCGCUGUCCUCAGUCCUAGCCGACCGCCUCGGCCGCAAGCGCGUCAUACUCUACGCCGACGUCCUCUUCAUCGUGGGCGCCCUGCUGCAGGCGGUCUGCUCGUCCGUCCUUGUCAUGGUCGCCGGCCGGUGCAUCGUCGGCGCAGGCGUCGGCGCGGCGAGCUUCGUGGUGCCGCUGUACAUUGCCGAGGUGGCACCCGCGUCGCACCGCGGGCGGCUCGUCACGAUGAAUGUGCUGUUCAUCACCAUGGGGCAGAUGGUGGCGUACGUGAUCGGGUGGCUGCUGUCGACGUACGCGGACGAGGGCACGGGUUGGCGGUGGAUGGUUGGGCUUGGGGCCUUGCCGGCCGCUCUGCAGGCUGCCGUGGUUGUCUUUAUGCCCGAGACGCCGCGCUGGCUUGUCAAGGUUGGCAGGGUCUCUGCCGCGAGGCUUGUUAUCGAGAGGGUCAACGGCGGGGAGGCAGCGUCUGGACAGCACGCAGACAUAAUUAUCAGGGAGAUCGAGAUGGAAGCCCAACAAGAGCAAGAGGCGCGGCGGCUGAGGGCGCACCAACGGGCUGGGCCCUGGAAGUGGCUCGGGGCCUGGCAAGCGCUGUUGAGCGAGGGCAAGAAUCGCAGAGCGCUGGCCAUUGCAUGUCUGUUGCAGGGCCUGCAGCAGCUAUGCGGAUUUAACUCGCUCAUGUACUUUUCGGCCACCAUUUUCAUGCUCGUCGGCUUCGAGAGCCCGACCCUCACGUCGCUGGUGGUGGCCGUGACCAAUUUUUUCUUCACGCUCGCAGCUCUGGGCCUGAUUGACCGCAUCGGACGCAGGCGCAUCCUCCUCUGCUCGAUCCCGUUUAUGAUCAUGGGCCUCCUCUUCGCGGCGUUUGGGUUCUCGUUUCUCUCGCUAGACCAGACGGCGGCGGCCGGCGACGGGAACCAGGGGCACCCAGGCGCGGCGAGCCUCGUGCUCAUCAGCAUCAUGAUCUACGUGGCGGCGUUCGCGCUGGGGCUGGGCAACGUGCCGUGGAUGCAGAGCGAGCUGUUCCCGCUGGCGGUGCGGUCGCUGGGCAGCGGGGUGGCGACGGCGACCAACUGGGGCGCCAACUUUGCGAUAGGGCUGACGUUCCUGCCCAUGAUGGACGCGCUGACGCCGUCGUGGACGUUUGUGGUGUACGCGGGCGUCUGCGCGGCGGGAUACUGGCUCGUGUGGAGGAUAUACCCGGAGACGGCAGGGCUGAGCCUGGAGGAGGCGACGGCGCUGCUGGAGCACGGCUGGGGGGUGAGAUAA